GCUUAUGACCUUUUCCAUAAGACAAUCCAGAAUUGAUCCAAACCUUCACCCCUACACUUUCUGUCUCCUCCCUUAGUCAGCUCUCUCCUUCUCCUCCUCGUCCUCUUUCAUGGGAGGAGACAGAGAGAGGACGACUGGGUCCGAGCAGAGGAGCUGAUUGAGCCAUAGCAGCCUCCCGGGAAGGGUGGAUGGGAUCCUGCGGGUCCACUCCACAGGCUUGUGUUGGUGGCAAAUCGAAGCUUCCGAAAAAGAAGAGGAUCCGGAGGCAAAGGAAGGUCGUCAAGGGCAGAGUGUCGUUGUCGUCCCAUCUGUCGAGCACAUCGGUGGACAUGAUGGAGCCUGCCGAGCUACGACACUGAUGUUUCAUGAACCCGACAUUCCAAGCAGGAAGUGUUGAGGAAGCAUGGUUUGAUUCUGUUGCCGUGUUCGACACUGACUGUGAGGAGGACUAUCACAGGGUUCUGGAUGACUCCUUAUCUGUGAGCGGCCUUGAAGCUGUUCAUUUUUCUCGUAUCACAUCCACGACUAAUCAGAUGGUUGACUUAUUGGCUCCGAACUCUGGGAGGAAUUCCAUUAUGGAGUCUUCAAAGAGCUCCGUUUCUCAAGAUGAUGCAUGUCCUAUGUUUCUCGAUGAAAUCACAAUGGCUGCUGAUUCCGGAGAAGGAGUGAUUGACAACUGCGGGAUUAUACCCAGUGCCUGCUUGCCGUUCAUUACUUCUUCUUCUACUACAGUUCCUUCUUCUGUUGAGAAGAGCGGCUCUCUUAGCUCCAGUUCACCGCGUUCGAGGAAAAAAGCCUCCAUAAGACUUCAGUCUAAAUUAAAGGAAGGGAAUCCUAACUCCCCUGUAUUUCCGUCGAGGGUGCUUUUAGAAAGACCUAUAGCUGGUUCUCGAGUACCCUUUUGUCCGGUGGAAAAGAAAAUGCUCGAUUCUUGGUCAUAUAUCGAGCCGAGAUCUUUUAAAGUCCGGGGAGAAACUUAUCUUAGGUACAGAUGGAAGUUCAAGGAAGAUAGAACUCAGGACAAGAGGAAGGAGUUUGCUUCUAAUUGUGCAGCGUAUUACCCAUUCGGCGUUGAUGUUUUCUUAACUAAGUGGAAAGUGGAUCACAUUGCUCGUUUAGUUCAACUUCCCGCCACAAAGUCUUCCGGAAAGCUCCCUCCUAUUCUAGUGGUGAACGUGCAGAUUCCACUGUAUCCCGCCUCAAUUUUUCAGAGUGAAACUGAUGGCAAAGGAAUGAGCAUUGUCUUAUAUUUUAAGCUUUCUGAGAGCUAUUCGAAGGAGCUCCCAUCCCAUUUUCAGGAUGGUAUCAGGAGGUUGAUCGAUGAUGAUGUUGAGAAAGUCAAAGGCUUUGCCGUCGAUAAUACUGUCCAGUUCCGUGAGAGAUUGAAGAUUUUGGGUCGUGUGGCGAACGUGGAUGAUCUACCCAUGAAUGCAGCAGAGAGAAAGCUUAUGCAGACUUACAAUGAGAAGCCUAUUCUUUCUCGUCCUCAGCAUGAGUUUUAUUCUGGUGAGAACUACUUCGAGAUAGAUUUAGACAUGCACAGGUUCAGUUAUAUCUCGCGGAAGGGCUUCGACACAUUUUUGGACCGUCUGAAGCUCUGCGUCUUGGAUGUUGGCCUCACUAUUCAGGGGAACAAAGUCGAAGAACUUCCUGAACAGAUCCUAUGCUGCAUAAGAUUAAAUGGAAUAGACUACACAAAUUACCAGCAGAUGGGCUUAACCCAAGAAAUAUCGGCGGGCUACAAUGAUUUGUAGAGAUAUCUUAAGUAACUGGAAGAAGCCGCUUCAUUAAUUCUGCGCGAGGUUUACCAUUAUCUUCUCUCAUUUUGAGGAAUGAAAGUCGUUUGUUGUGCAACUGUUGAUCAGUUUUGAUAUUCGAAAGUUCCUUUUCUGGAAAAUUAAUGUUUUGCUGUGAA